AUGUUUGAUCCAUGGUGUAUUGGUGGUAACUGGAAUGCUAUUUUGUGUCAAGCUGAUAGAAAUAUAGCUGGUGGUACCAAAAGAAACGGAAAAAAAUUCAGGCAUUUCUUAAAUUCUCAAAAUUUGCUGGAUAUUCCAAUGGCAGGAGGAAGAUUUACUUGGACAAACUCUCAAUCUUCUCCACUUCUCCUAAGACUGGAUAGAUUUGUCAUGCCAAUGGAAUGGGAGGAUAGAUGUCCAGGCCUUGUCCAAACUAGACUCAAGAGGCCAAUUUCAGAUCAUGCUCCCAUCCUUUUAAGUUGCUAUGGAGGUACUUCUUUCAAAUCUCCCUUUAGAUUUGAGAACUAUUUCUUAUCUCAUCCGGAUUUUUUAAAUAGUUUGAGGAUUUGGUGGAACAAUUUAACUUUUAGUGGCAAGCCAAGUUUUGUUUUGGAAAAAAAACUACAAGGCUUAAAAAAUUUCAUCAAAAAGUGGGGUAGAGAAAAUUUUGGCUCAUUACAGACUGAGCAGGAUAGAUUGGAAAACCUUAUUGAUGUAAUGGACAGUUUAGAAGAAAUUAAUGGGUUACCACAAGAAGAAUUUGCUGAAAGAGAGAAUUUCAGGUAUAGAGCACAUGGCAUUACUUCUUUGGUCAUAAAUGAUACUAUGGGUCAUGAUAAGGAUACUAUUAAUGCUGAGAAUAGCAUCAUGCUGGAGAGACCUUUUACUGAAGAUGAAGUUCGUAAUGUGGUUAAGUGUUUUGGUUUAAAAAAGUCACCAGGUCAUGAUGGGUACACUAUGGAAUUUUUUAAGGCUACUUGGGAUAUCAUUAAACCUGAGCUAAUGAAUAUCUUUAAUGAAUUUCACUGUACUGGUAGGUUAUACUGGAGGUUACACUGUACAAAUAUUAUUCUUCUGCCAAAGUGUGAAGGUGUUGUCUCAAUGCAUAAUUACAGACCCAUUAGUCUUAUAGGUGGCAUCUACAAAAUCAUUUCUAAGUGUCUAGCUGAUAGAAUGAAAAUUGUAAUGCCAAUUAUAAUUUCUAAGUACCAAGGUGCUUUUAUUGAUGAAAGACAGAUUACAGAUGGAAACUUAAUUACCUCUGAAUUGAUAGAUGCAAGAGAAAAAUCUUAUACUCCUGGUUUAGUGGUCAAAGUGGAUUUUCAAAAAGCUUUUGACAAUAUAAAUUGGAAUUGCUUAAAUUACACAAUGUCAAGAAACAUUAAAGGGGUAAGACAAGGUGACCCAUUUUCAACUUUCUUAUUUAUUUUGGUGGUUGAAGUUCUCUCCUUGAUGAUACAAAGAGAUGCAAAUUUGAAUCUCAUUCAAGGAUUCAAACCUUCUGCAAAUGGAGACACUAUACAUCAUUUACAGUAUUCUGAUGAUCUAAUUAUGUUUCUAGAUAACAGUGAGGAGCAUAUUACAAACCUCAAAAACCUUUUAAUUGAUUUUGAAAUAAUCUCUGGAUUGAAAAAAUUUCAGCAAAGAUUGAGCAACUGGCAGAGAAGAUAUCUCUCAAAGGGUGGUAGACUGAUGCUUAUAAAGCAUGUGCUCUGCAAUUUACCAAUUUACUAUAUGUCUCUCUUUCAAAUUCCUUCUUCCGUGGAAAAACAAUUAGACAAUAUUAUGAGAUGCUUUCUUUGGGGUGCUGACAAGAAAAUGGGUUGGGUGGGUUGGAACAAGGUAAAUCUAUCUAAACAAAGAGGUGGAGUUGGAGUAAAAAGGCUGAGACUCAUAGAUAGGGAUUUACAUGCUAAGUGGAUUUGGAGGUAUAAUACAGAGAGGAAGGCCUUCCGAAGAUCUAUUAUAAACCAAAAAUUUGGUGGCUCUAAAGAUGCUCUUUUACCAAAUGAUUCUAAAACUUCUGUGGAAACUUCUGUGGGUAAGAGUUUUUGGCAUGGUAUCUCAUCAUCGCACAUUUAA